UAUCCUAACCUAUUCGUCAUCUGUCUAGAUAGUCUAUGGUAACUGUUACAUCACUUGCUGUAGAAAAGACCAGUUUUCAGGGAAUCUUCAUCUCUUAUUGCUGAAACUAGAUAUCAAAAUCUUGCAAUAAUGAGUGCCUGGAGAGCAGUCGGUCUUAACUACAUUAACUACUCCAACAUCGCCGCUAAGGUGCUCCGUCGGGCACUGAAACCAGAGCUCCGAGCUGAGGCAAUGAGGCGAGAUGAGUCCCGCAUUCGUAUCACGCCGUGGGCUAAUGGCAAACCUGCCCAUGAGAAAGAAUAAAUUAAGUAUACAGUAUGCACAACAAGCGGCAGCCAGAACCACUGGCAAACAUGCAUGAUGAUUGAUAAUUGUAAUUACAGCAAGUGAUAGUCUUAAUUUAUUAAAAAUCUGAUAAAAACAUUA